GUGCUACCUGGUGUUGGCACCUAAAUGUCAGACGACUCGGAAGCCGAUGGUGUACGCGCGCACAACCUCCCUUUGGUCCGCAACGUUGUCAAUGCAUCUCAGUCGGUAGACUCUCACGAUGAACUCGGUAUGCUGCUAGCGCAGGAUAUGGCCGCCGUCGAGGGACCCAUGGGCGAUAUCCACACGCCGCCGCAAAGGUUCAACUCUUUGUCGCCUGUGAACACCCUACCGCCGGAGCUGCUUGGACUUAUCUUCACAUUCCUCGUUCGACCUGCGAAUCUGCAGCCCAAACCACGCCGUGCACGAGGGACUAUGCUACCCGACCCCCAAUACGACCGCCCAACUCAGGUUCCACAAAUGAAUGCGAAUAUCGUUCGGGUAAUGCACGUUUGCAAGUACUGGCGCGCGGUGGCCAUCGAAACUCCUGACCUAUGGGCGUCCUUCGCCGUCUUCCAUCCUGGCUUGGUGCAAGAGUGUUUGGUACGCUCGAAGACCGUCCCCCUGUCCGUUUCCAUAGGGUACGCCGUUUCGCCGCAUGUCUCUCCCAUCCUUGGAGAUUCCGUCCAUCGCCUGCGCUCAGCGUACGUCUUCCAGAAAACGAAAGUAAUAGAGUCGAUUUGGCGCCAGCAGCUUUUCACGCGUCCGGCACCUAGCCUAGAAGAGUUGUUCAUCGAGAAUACUGAACGACACUGUUGGAUGGACGGCGCUCCCAUCCCGGAGGAUGUGACAUCUCCACUGCCAGCGAUGUUCAGCGGCGUUAUCCCACGUCUGCGCAUCCUCGUCCUCAAAGGCGUACCUAUGCCAUUCACCUCCCUCCCCGACACCCUGGUCCACCUUGAGAUCGGGGGGUUAUCCUCAGUUCCACUGCCUUCGUUCCCAUUUUUUCUCGCGAUGCUUCGAGCCUGUUCAUCACUCCAAACCCUGAACAUCGCCGGCUCGUUCGAAGGCGAGGCCGGGCCCCUUGCCGUCGCUUCCGAUGCUGUUGCCCUUCCGAAGCUGGAAAGACUGUAUAUGGAGCUGGAGCCUACGCGCGCUCCGGGAGUUUUGCUCGCCUCCCUAGCUCUCCCGGCUCACGCUGACGUAGCGGUCCUCCCCGCUGUGCACGAUGGCGGACGCUUCCGGACCCUGCUGGGCGUCAUCACUCCGUCUUCCGCUCCGCCGUGCUUCCAAAGCUUCCGCUGUCUUCGGGCUGCAUGGGAUACCACCUACCAGUGGAAUCUGCAGGCCUACCGCGAGACUAGCGCACAAUCAAGUUCGGGCCGCGCCGCACUCGAAAUCGACGGGAGGGACGAUAGGUGGGCCCUGCCCAACGUGCCCGAGGAUUGGGCUGGCUUCCUCUACGACUGGCCAUUCGAUCCCUCUCAGAUCGAGAUGCUCGUUCUGGACCAUCACCCGGAGACAGAGGGCACCCGAGGGGGUCCGUUUUUCGGGCAAUGGGACCGCGUAUUCGGGCAGCUACCCGCGCUCACAUCCCUCACGGCGAAGCACCUCCCGCCCUCGGAGAUGGAGUCCCUCCUCGAGGCCUUGAAGGAUUCCACGUCCAGGACAGGGCUGGUCUGCCGAGGCCUAGUGACGAUGAAAGUCUCUAGUAAGCAGAUAUCCGACCGAGCGCGAAGCGGCUUGGCAGAAGUCGCCCUUGCGCGCAGUCUGGGUAUGAGAGAAAGCUUAGAGAGCGCGUUCCAGAGUAUACACAUCGAACAGUAGUCGGACAUUUGCAUGGCGUACUGCUACUCGCUAUCUUCGAUGUGAGGCUUAGAUAUUGCAGCUACAGAGCAUCCCGGGGGCGGUCCGCGUGCUGCUGUUAUCGCGUUCCGUCAGGCUCAUAUCGAUCAGAUGUUCCGGCAGCGUACCUGUUAUAUUGUAUCAAUAAUUUUGAUUGUGCUUUUCCGCGUGUUACAUGUAGCUUUACUUGAGCGGACUCGUGCUUAGCUACUUUAUCAGAUCGCUCUUCUUGUCAUUCUCGCACCACGCUCUCUUCGUCAAUGUCGUGGACUAUUGUUAACAAGUAGCCCAGAAUCUCUGUUCAGUUGUGUUUCUGCCUUACUUCCCCGUUCAUGACGUUGUUGACCCAGGCCCAUCCCGGUGAUGGACCAAGGACAUCGUCGUUCCAGGUUACACACGAGAAAUAGCGCACCGUUGCGAUAUAUAUAGAAUUCCUCGCUCUGGGCGUCGCCCCCUAUCUAUGCAUCAUUUCGCC